UAUACACCGGAUGCGAACAAAAGUCCGCACAACAUCCCGCAUCCUGCCUCAUCUUCCCAGACUACGUACGGACGGAGUCGGUCGAUCGACCUGAGCGGCCCGCGCAAGAGAACCCGCCUGCAAUAUGCCGGUUCCUCAUCUCGUCACGACCGGCCCGUAUCUAGGUGAUCAAGAUGGACCCGGAGCAGCAAGAUGAGCUCCUCCUCCCGUCCCUGAUCCAUCCCCUCAAGCUCUUCGACAUCGCUAGGGCGCAAGGGCGUCUGCUCUACGCCAGCGCGCCCAUGGUUCGCUACAGCAAGCUCGCCUUCCGCCAGACUGUCCACUACUUCGGCACCGACUUGUGCUGGACGCCCAUGAUCCUGGCCAAGGAGUUCAACCGCAGCUCGGUCGCGCGCGACAGCGACUUGACCAUCGCAUCGUGGCCGCCCUCUCCUGCGGGAGGGGUUUCUGCUGCUGCUGUCGGGGGCGACGGCACCCCUAGCCCCCACUCCCUGGCGCCCUGGUCGCAGCCCCCGACUAUCGCGCAGUUCGGCGCGAACUCACCCCUGGAGCUCUCGCGCGCCGCUUCCCUCGCCGCCCCCUUCGUUAACGGCGUCGACAUUAACUGUGGGUGCCCGCAGUCGUGGGCCUGCGCCGCGACCCUCGGCGCGGCGCUCAUGGACCGCCGCGAGCUCGUGCGCGACAUGGUCGUCGCGACACGCGAGAGACUCGCCCGCGACGGCUGGGCCGUCGACCACCCGGCCCCCUAUCGCCCUUCCGCCGUCGGCUCCCACGCGGGCGGAGACCCCGACGGCGGCGACGAUCCCUUAGGCCCCGGCCGUGGCCGCGGCCGCAGCAUCAGCGUCAAGAUUCGGGUUCACGCCGACCUGCGGCGCACGCUCGACUUCGUCACGGCCGUCGUCGGCGACCCGCUGCGGCGCAACGUCGACUUCAUUACGGUGCACCCGCGCACGCGGCGCACGCCGAGCAGCGCGCCCGUCGACCUCGAGGCCCUCGCCGUGCUGACCUCGACCUUCGGGCCGCAGCUGCCCGUCGUUGUGUCCGGCGACGUGUUCGCGCCGCUGUCCGCGCUUCCCUACACCACGUUCUCGUCCGCGCCCCCCGUCGUCCCGCCCCAUCCCGCCGCCAGCGGCGCGGAGACGUCGAGCCUGCGCGAGCAAGCGGGCGAGGCGAAGCCGCACCUCCCGCACCUCGCCGGCCUCAUGUCGGCGCGCGCGCUGCUCGCGAACCCGGCGCUCUUCGCCGGCGCAGACGCCUGCCCCUGGAGCGCCGUCGACGUCUUCCUCGCUAACGUCGCGCGCGCGCCGCUGCCCCUCAAGCUCGCCGUGCACCACCUCACCGAGAUGUGCGGGCCCGGGUACUACCACCGGCCGCGUCCGCCCCAGAACGCGCGCCGCCCGCCCGCUCGCUCCCGUACCAGCCCCCAGGCCCCCGACGACGGAGGCGUCGAGGGCGGCAGUACGAACGGGGGAGUGGCGGAGGGCGAGGACGAGGACGAGGACGGGGAAGCGGGGGCGGGGCGAGACGACCCCGAAGUCGCAGGUGCCCGCGGCCCGCGGCCGGCUCUCCUGUCCAAGAAGGAGCGCGCCCACUUGACGGGCCUGCGGUCCUGGAUCGACGUGCUCGACUACGUGGACGAGGCGCGGCGGCAGCGGGACCCUGGGAGCGGCGGGGUCGUGCGGUACGCGUGAGCGCUGGGCUCGAGAGAGGGGGGCGCCGAGGGGAGAUGGGCUAGACGGAGAGGGAUGAGACGUAGAUAGGAGGCAGGUAGUUGGAUACCUAGUGUAGUUAGUAUGGGUGUAUAGUCCACUGCGCCCCUCGACUUCACGGCUGAGGGGAGCGAAGGCUGUCCUUGCAAGCCCUGAAUCAUAUACUCUCCUCGCUUUCCACCGUGCUUAUAGUUCUCGCCAUUGCAACCUCCCCUCCCCCUCUCUCUCCUGGGUUGUUUGUCUGCUAUCUACUUCCAGCUGUGUCCUUUACUUGCAGUGGUAAUCACGGGGAACAAGACCAG